GUAUAAGUAGGCCGCAUCGAUUGUACUCGACUAUAGCGGGGGCGUCCGCACGUGCCGCAAUAGCAGCAUUACAAAAACCCUUGAUAUUAGCGACACGCUCGAACACUUCCGCGAUGGCGAGCAAGGAGGAGCUGGAGGCAGCGGCCAUCUCGCUAUUCCUUGGUAUCGGCCUGGAGGAGACCGUCGCAAAGAAUGCGACGAAGAAUCCCAAGUUCAUGAAAACACUUGAGGAAGUGGUGCACGAAGCUGGCGCGGCAUCGGGCUGCCCGAAGGCGAAGGGCAACCUGCUUUAUACCGUUGCUAGCAAGUACCCUGCCAACGCGCUGUGCCACCGGCCCAUGCUGCUGGGCUACAUCAUGUGCGAGCACAUGAAGAGCAACGCGCAGCUGGACGGCGCGUUUGAGUACCUGCGCAAGGUGGGCACCAUGGAGGUGGACAAGAAGCUGCUGGAGGAGUCGGCGGGCGUGGGCGUGGUGGAGUCGGCGGGCGUGGGCGUGGUGAUCACACCCGACCAGAUCAAGGCGGCGGUGGCGGAGGAGGUGGAGGCCAACCGGGAGAGGCUGGUCACGGAGCGCUACCAUGUGAACAUGAACAUGCUGCUGGGCGGCGUGACGCGCAAGCUCAAGUGGGCGGACGGCGCCGCGGUGCGGGCGGCGCUGGAGACCGCGGUGGAGGCCCUGCUGGGCCCCAAGACGGAGGCGGACCUUGCGCCGCCCGAGCCCAAGAAGAAGGUCAAGGCCGAGAAGCCGCCGCCACCACCCAAGGAGGACAAGGCUGCCGAGACGGCCGAGCCCGCCGCCCCGGCCGUGCCCGACGACCCGUACGCCUUCCUGCCCAAGCCCGACGCCAACAACGGCGUGCACACCACAGUCAACUUUAGCGACGGCCGCGUCAUGCGCAUCGCCAACACGCCCGAGGCUCUGGCUGCUCACCUGUCGCGCAUGGGCGGCAAGGUGGUGACGCGCUUCCCGCCCGAGCCCAACGGCUACCUGCACAUCGGGCACGCCAAGGCCAUGUUCGUGGACUUUGGCAUGGCCAAGCAGUACGACGGCGUGUGCUACCUGCGCUACGACGACACCAACCCCGAGGCGGAGAAGCUCGAGUACAUCCAGCACAUUGAGGAGAUCGCCAAGUGGAUGGGCUGGGAGCCGUGGAAGGUGACCUACUCCUCCGACUACUUCCAGCAGCUGUACGACUUCGCGGUGCAGCUCAUCAAGACCGGGCACGCCUACGUGUGCCACCAGACCAAGGACGAGAUCGAGGCCAGCCGCGAGAAGCGCGAGCCCAGCCCCUGGCGCGACCGGCCCAUGGAGGAGAGCCUGCGCCUGUUUGACGACAUGCGGCGGGGGCUGGUGGAGGAGGGCAAGGCCACACUGCGCAUGAAGAUGGACCACAAGAAUGACAACUUCAACAUGUUCGACCUGAUUGCCUACCGCAUCAAGUUUGUGGAGCACCCGCACGCAGGGGACAAGUGGUGCAUCUACCCCUCCUACGACUACACGCACUGCCUGGUGGACUCGCUGGAGGACAUCACGCACUCGCUGUGCACGCUGGAGUUCGAGACGCGCCGCGCCUCCUACUACUGGCUACUGGAGGUUCUGGGCCUGUACAAGCCGGUGGUGUGGGAGUACAGCCGCCUCAACAUCACGCACAACGUCAUGAGCAAGCGCAAGCUCAACCGGCUGGUCAUGGGCGGCUUCGUCAGCGGAUGGGACGACCCACGCCUGCUCACGCUGGCGGGCAUGCGGCGGCGCGGUGUGCCCUCCACCGCCAUCAACGCCUUCUGCCGCGACAUCGGCAUCACCCGCAACGAGAACAUCAUCCAGCUGCCCCGCCUGGAGCACUUCAUCCGCUCCGAGCUUGACGCCACCAGCCCGCGAGCGCUGGCGGUGCUGCGGCCGCUCAAGGUGGUGCUCACCAACAUGCCCGCCGACCACUUCCAGGAGGUUGAGGCGCAGACCUUCCCCGGCCGCGAGCACAGCGAGGGCGUCAAGGUGCCGCUCACGCGCGUGCUGUACAUCGAGGCCACCGACUUCAGGCUCAAGGACGAGAAGGACUACUACGGCCUGGCGCCCGGCAAGUCCGUCAUGCUGCGCUACGCCUACCCCAUCACCUGCACCGGCCACACCGUGGACCCCGCCACCGGCGCCGUCACCGAGCUGGCCGCGACCUACGACCCCGACCACUACACAGCCGGCAAGAAGCCGCCCAAGGGUGUGCUCAACUGGGUAGCCCAGCCCCAGCCGGGAGUGGAGCCCCCCAGCUUUGAGGCGCGCCUGUACGACACGCUGUUCAAGAGCGAGGACCCGGGCAGCCUGGACGCCUGGCUGGACGACCUCAACCCGCAGUCGCUGGUGGUGCUGCAGGGCUGCGUGGCCACACCCGACCUGGCGGCCAAGGCCAAGGUGGGCGCUCGCUUCCAGCUGGAGCGGCUGGGCUACUUCGCAGUGGACACCCAGUCGGCGGCGGGGGCGCUGGUGUUCAACCGCACCGUCAGCCUCAAGGAGUCCAAGCCCGUGUCGCUCAAGAAGUAGAGGGAGGCAGAGGCUGGCGGCCGGGUCGCUUGGAGGAGGAGUAGAGGAGGGUGCGUGAGGGGGUCCAGCGCGGUGCGGCGGAGGGCGGCGGGGUGUUGCGCGGGUGCUGUGUUGGCAGGUGGUGAGGGCGUGACAGGGGGCGAGGAGUUGGGUUGAGAGGGCUGGAGGAUGCGGAAGGGAGGGAGGAAGGUGGCAGGAGGCGGAAAGGUGCGGGAGCCAGGGUGUUGCAGGCAGGAGGCGCCCGGUGGCGGGGACCGCCGGGUGCAGGGCAGGGCACAUGCAGCGGGUGGCGGGGCCACUUGAGGAGGCGGCGCGACGGAGGGGCCGGAGUAGCGGAGGAGGAGGGGGAGGGGCUGCUACGGGCAUGGACGUGUGGCGCAGCACCGAUAGCAUGGCUGGCUGCAGCAUGCAGGAGGAGGAGGGGGAGCAGGAGGAGGAGGAGGAGGAUGAUUUAAGUGCAGCAAUGAGGGACGACGUGGGAUGUCAGCUAGCUGUGCAGGUGAUCCGGGUCAGCGCGUGGCGACAUGGUGCGCGUGCCGGCGAGCGUUGUAGGGUCCUUGCAGGUCCUGGAGACUGUGGAACGCAAGGACUGCCGUUUGGAUCAGUCAGGAGGUGAUUCCGUCUGGAGGCCAAGAGCCCCGAUUUGGUCCAGUCACUCCAGCGGUGGUACUGUGGUGGUGCAAGUGGUGGUGGUGCUUACCGCAGCAGGGCUUGCUGGCUGGCUGGCGUGUGCAUGGGAGCCCCUGAUCAGGGUACAGCAUUGAGCAUGCUCGCGUGCGGGUGCCAAGCUGCUUGGGAAAUGGAAUGCAGGGGACCUGGCUUGUUACGACUCGGCGCUUCAACUGAGCGCGUCCAUGUGAGCCUAAAUGGGCUGGUUGGACAGAGGGACUGGUUAGGUAAUCGUAAGAGGUAGGGCCUGCACAGCUCCUCGGCUUUUUACGAGCCCGUGCGCCCGUGCAUGGACACAGCCGUCAGCAUUCUUGGUGCUGUGCAGUCAGAUGGUUGGGCACCGCUUGGAUGGUUCCACCUCGCAGCGUUGCCGAGCCCCGGGCGUGAGUUAGGGCGUAGCCCUUGGUUGCGCUUGGGGUACUUAUUGGUAUUCAUGUCCUAUAUUGC